UAUAGAUUCACAUUCACCCAUUUCUCUUCUUUUUUGCUCUCUCUCUCCCUUCUCUUCUCUCUUAUUCUGGUCUCAAAAAUGGCAUCAAAAGGAAAGAAACCACUAAGAAGAACAACUACAAGAAGAAGAAAAAGAAGCCACUUCAAGAACCCAUCUCCUCCAUGUAGUAUCAAUAGUGACGUCACUUCAACGUCAUCAACAUCUACUUCACCCACAUCAACGGCCACGCCAUCUCCGGUUUCAGCAGAGAGUGGAUGUUGUACUCCGGAGAAGUCACGAAUACCGGAGAUGCUGACGUGUCCACCGGCACCGAAGAAGCAAAAGGUGGCGCAAAACUGCGCUUUAAGGAGGAGACAAAUCGCUUUCUUUGCUCCUCCGGAUGUAGAGCUCUUCUUCGUUUUCGCACUUGGUCAACAAAAUAAUAAAUAAGUUAAGUUUAUAAUUAGGGUUUUGUGAUUAUUAUCAUGGUAUCAAUAUCUAGUUUCUAGUUUGAUUCAAAUACAAUAAUAUUUAAAGUAUAUUAUAGAGAGUGUAGUGUGAGGUUUUGCUUCUUUUCUUCUUCUUCUUCUUCUUCUUAUUUUGCUUUUCUCCCUCCUUGGCUCUUUUUUAAUUUUUUCGAUAAUUUUGAAUUAGGUGGGUUUGAAUUUCUGGUAGGGUAUGAUUAAUCAAAUACCCUAUCUCUUUUUUAGUUAAGUAUGUAAGUGAAUGGUGCUUCCUAACAUUUCAGGCUUGUUAGCUUUGCAGUUUCUAUUUUGGGUUUGUAUUUUGGCUUGAGUUAAUUAGGAGUUGGAUUGUUCUUCUUGCAUUUUACCUCAAUACUUUAUACGUAAUCUCAUCAAAAACAAUUUCCAUACAAAGUACUUCUGAAUCCAUUUCCUUUUUAUUGGGUACAUCAGAAAUUCAUGAAAGAACACCAAUUUUAUCAGAGUGAAGAGCUCAAAUUCAAAACUUUUGAUCCGAGUUCAAAAUAUGUCAAGUUUCCUAAGAAGAAAAAAGGUCUAUAAAGCCAAAAAAAUAG